UAUGAUAUCAGUAUCAUCCAGAUUGAUUCUGAUGCGUCACGCAUGAAAGCUUUUAGAGCAUCCAGUCAGAAUGAACCAAUCACAGUCACUUGGAUAACUGGUCAAACAUUAAUUAUCCACAGGAGUGAAAGUAAAACAGACGGAUUUGUAGACACAUGUAAUGCAACACUUUAGGAGAUAACUAUGAAAAUAAUCCUUCUUCACUGCUUUUUGAUUGCAAUACAUGUGAUGAUCUCAGAUGAUGUUGUUUAUGUGUCUGCAGAGCGUUUGAUUGUGUCAGGAUCAAAUCAGUCCAUAUCUGCAUCUGUGGGUGAUGACGUCACUUUGAACUGCUCUGUGAACUCUCACAUCAAACCUGAAGAAGUUUCAUGGAAGAAAGCACAAAAAGAUGGAGACAUCCUGGUUCUUCUCUAUCAAAACAACAAAAAUAUAUCAGAAUCACCAGAUGUGCGAUACAGAGACAGAGUUGAGUUCUUCACUGAUGAAAUCCACAGAGGAAACUUCUCUCUCAGACUGAAGAGAGUCAGAACUGAAGAUAAAGGAGUUUACAUCUGUCAAGUGUUUACUGGAGAACUAUCAGCAAACACAACUGUAAUACUGGAGAGACUGGGUUUCUCUGGUUUACACAUAAUGGUGUUGAUUCUCUGUAUAACUGCAUUUGGAUCUGCUCUUCUGUUCUGCUCUCUCAUCUACUGUAGAUCAAAUAACACGGACUUUUCGUCAAAUCUCCAUAUGUUUCUGCUCUUUUGUCCAAAUAUCAUCAUGUUCUUUGCCUUUGUUUGCUGGGGUGUUUCUGAAGGAUUUCUGAAUGAGACGCUGACUUGCUGUGCUUUGUUUUUUCUACGGCCUCUAAUGUUGCUUUGGUCUGAACCUAAAGUAAAAGACUUUCCAGACAGGAUAAGACAUUUGGCGGGUUACAGCUUUUAUCUAGAAUAUAUUAUUUUCACUGGCAUUGUUUUUUCAGUUCUUUAUCUUGGGAACGUUAGGAAUCAACUCCUGCAUUAUUCAACAUUUGAAAGGAACAUGAUAACAUCCUUGUUUGGGAUAAUGCCUUUCAUGUGUUUCAUCAUUAUUAUUUACAUACUUUCAGUUUAUUAUGAUGUAGCAUUUAAUGGAGAGAGACAAAAUCAGAGACAGAUGCCUCGAAUAAAACUCAACAUAAUGGCUUUCAUAAGCUUUCAUAUUCUGCCUCCAUUACAACUCGUCCUUCUGUUUUAUGCAUUCGGUGUUGCCAGAGGAACAUUUCUCAUUGCUGGAGUUUUACCAGUGAUCAUAAUUGUGGCAAGAUUUGACUGGAAUUUUAUGUGUGGGAAAGAUGGACUCAAAUGUAAGGGUUGGAUCAUAAGAACAGUGUGGUUUAUAUUUACAAUACUGAUGAAUUUAUUAUUGGCCUGGUUUUACAUCAGGACACUGGAACUUGAUGAAGAAAAGGCUGGAUGGGCUUGUUUAAUCGUGUUUCUUCAAUUACUAUGGGCCGUUCUUAACUUCAGGCGUUCAUUUAAUCAUUGGGGUGUUAAGAAGAAUGUUUUUGUGUUUGGGUUUGGAUCAGUUGGUGUUGUUUUAAUCAACGCUGUUGCACUGAUGACUGAACUGAUACUAAAAACAGUUAAUGGUGAGCGUUCAAUAGGAGAUUUGAGAAUCCCUGUCUUCACAUCUGAAAGUCUCUUUACUCUGUGUCUGUUGAUUCGUCAGAUAUUUGACAUAUCUGGGGAAUCUGACCAAUCAGAGACUCAGCUGCGUCGUAAGCCCUCCUUUACACAACGUUACUACAGCAGAGCACAGAACCACAGCAAAGCAGAACCAGCAGAAACAAGCCCUGAAACUAUUCAAUUACAAGGGCAAGCCUGAAAUCAGAAUCAAGUCACAGACUCAAGCUGUGUACUCUGCUCGCUGCACUUCUCUAUAUAUACAGAGCCUCUGUCGAGCACCUGAAGUUUGCUAAUGACACCACAGUCACCAGGAUGGUGAUGAAUCUGGAUAUAGAUGAGAAGUUGCACAGCUGGCACUCUGGUGCAGUUAAACAACCAUUAGCCGAAUACACUCAAGACAGCAGAGAUGACUAUGGAUUUCAGGCGAUACACCUGCAGCACUCCCCCCAACUCACCAGUAAUAACAGUACUGUGGCAACUGUGGAGUUUUUCGGGAUUUUGGGAACCAUCUUCCAGGACCUGAAGUGGAAGACCCACAUAGACUCUUUUGAUUAUUGGUGCUCCCUUUUCCAUCCUUCAGGCCUUUUUACUCAUACUGUAGAAACAUGCCAUAAAAAUGAAGUUAAAUGCAAAUUCUCAGUAUCCAUUUAAAAUAAAUACAUGUCUAUGUCCUAUGUUCAUGUCACAAUGUUUUAGCUUUUUGUGACAGGAUAAUGACAGGCCCAUGUGUUUUUUGUGAAAGCACUGCCUGCCUUUGUUUAUUCAGGCCAUGUGUUUUUUAUCUCGUCUCCUGACCCCGCCCCUUCGUCUCCUCAUUAAUCAUUCUAUUAUUGUUUCAUUCAUGUCACCUGUUCCCCUCUUGAUUUGCUCCAUUAUUUAAUGCCCUUGGGUUUCUUGUCCUGUGCUGGUUCAUUUUGAUGCUAUCCUGUUUCUAAGUUAAGUCAUAGUAAAUGUUCAUAGUCAAGUUUGUUCUCAAAUUUAGUGUUUUGGUUUAUCAAGUAUGUCCUUUAUUGUUUACCUUGUAUUACCCCCUGUAGGUCUUUGUUUUGUUUCCUUUUACCCCCCAAAUAACUCCCUGGGUUCCAUCUCUCUAUUGGAGAACAUGACAAAAUAGCAUUUAAACAUUUGGAUUGAACAAAUAGUAGCUGGUGUAUCAUCUGUUCCUCUGAUUUAUUGUAUUGGUGUAUGUGGAUCUGCACUUCUGUUCUGUUUACAAGUCCAGAAUCAAAGGACACUUGGCAUUUACUGUAAUGAAAUUGUGAUUUUGUGCCUUAUAAACUAUUUAAGCAAUGCAAAUGUAAAUCUCACCUUAAAAAAGGUUUUACUAAAUAUUUUUAAUCGUACUGAUAUCUCAGAUGUCUAAAUUUGGUAGCUUAAAUACCAAUGCAAGGUUUUUUAAACAUUGUUUUUAUUCUAAGUGCUUUAUUGUUUCCUCAUUAUAAAUGCACACAUGAUAAAUAAAGUAAAAUAAAUAUUUGUUCCAUGAUGCGCUGUUCCUUCUUCAUUUUAUGGGCUUUAUGACCUUCUUAUUUGUGCAUUUUAAUUCACAGAAAUCCUACAAAGUAUGUUGUCUCACAAAAACACAUGUAUACUUCUCUAAUCUAACAGAGAAAACAUGAGCAUAGACUGAUAUUUUCUGAUGUCUGGACUUUAUGACG